AUAAAGUAAACAUAAUAUAAUAUCGGAAGUUCACAUAUUCGUUUAUAUUCGCUACCGUAUUCACAUGAAAAACAUUUAAGGCAAAAAGGAUACACGCGAUGGAUAAUUAUCGAAAACAAAAGUUGAUAUGUUUUUUUCUAUGUAUGGUUGGCAUGAUAGCAAUCAUGUUCGAAGUGAUCGGUUGUUUUACCGAAGCAUGGCUAAGAUAUGAUAUGGACAUACAUAUUGAACGCCUCUUCAAUUCAUAUAAGAAAAAGGGCUCGGUGUCCAUUGGAUUAUGGACAGUCACAGCCUGCGAAACCGAAGAAAGCAACUCCAUUUAUACGGUCAAACCUGUGACAGUAUGCAAAACAGCUACUAUUGAGCAAUUAAACAAGGCCAUUGCUAUGUCUAAUGGCACUUUCAAAGAACAAGGGAAGGAAUUUCUGAAGAGUUUUCUCCCGCAAAAGAUUCUAACAGUAGCCGGUGGAUUGCUAGCAAUAUGCAGCUUAGUGCUAACACACGCGUUCGCCAGGAAUAAGCCGAAUGAAACUACGGGAUCUUACACAGUGAGCGCAGUUUCCUGCAUAGUUUGCUGGGUCAUAUCAGGUGCACUACUGUUUACAGCUGUGGGUAUCCAGAACCACAACAAUGCUAAUUUUGAAAAAGAAACUCGAAUGGAGGCUGAUAAACCGGAAAUAAGAGACAUAUUGACAUUUUCAGUCGGUUCUCAGGCUUCCAUCAUUUUGUUGGGAAUUGGAGGUUCAUUUGGAGUACUCCUGGCACCAGUUAUAGCUAUAAUGAUUGUCUGCCGCAUUAGAAGUGGUAAUGGUGUGGAGGGAUAUACAAAGCUGUCCGUAAUGCAGAAAGAUUGUGCUUAAUACCUACGACAACACCACCUACAACCGCAACAUCAACAUAAAUUUCAGGAUUCAAUGUCUAAAGUCUGUCUCGCCUAAUUUUGGAUGAUUUAUACUCCGAUGCGUUCCAAUACUUCAUAUCAGCCCAAAGUUGGGGAGACAGUCUUAGUUCCAGGUUACCGAAACAGUUUACUCCCUUUGCAAAUCUUGCAGCCAUUUGGGGGUUAAACUUGUAUAUGUGCCAUAAGGAUACUUUAUAAAAUCAGUUAAAAAUCUAAGGACACUUGUCAAAUUUCUUCCCAUGUGCAGAGAUUACAUACGUAGCAACAACACAAGAACAUUCUUUUAUCGGUAAACAGAAGAUAAAUUCUUGUCUAAUCUGUAGUAGAGGGCUGCCAGGGGAGAUAAUGUGUGCUAUGUGAAAACUUUCACAGGGCUAAAACAUUGUCAUAUUAAAGUAUCUUCACAGUUAACCCCCUUUGCAAGGUAAAUUCAAAGGUAUAGUAGAUAUCUAUAAGUUUUCCUCUGUAAUAGCUGUCAGCUUCCUACCGUCUCCAUGGCGUUUUAUCAUUCUUCCACAUCCGCUUCCGCUUCAGACAGACAAGCUCUGUAAAAAGAGAUCGAGGUUCCUAAUGACCUAUCGUUUUAUAUCUUUAGUUGCUGACAGGAUGGAUUACAUGCUGAUUUUUUUCAUUACAUGAUUCAUAAACUUACGCGUUAUAUUAUGACGAUGUUACAUUUUUUUUGUAUCGUUAAUUCAAAUAAAAUUCUCUCGCCAUCCAUUACCAUACUUCAUUUCUUUCAGACUUGCACUUUGAUUUGUUUUGUGUUUCUUAAUUCACAUUCUGGCACUGCCAAGCUUUUUCCUGCUUUAGCAACAAUUCUUACACGUGCAUUUAAUGAGAAUAAAUUGAAAUUGUA